AUGAGGUAUAAAUCGACACUGCUCUUGUUCCACGGCAAAAAUUGCCCGCACUUCAGGAAAUUAUUUCCUGAAUAUGUGGAGAAGUACAACCAACAACAAGAAAAGGAGCACGGAACCAGAGCCCCAGCUCCUUCACCUGACACUGUCCAGGAAGCGGCAGCUACGGAGCAUCUAUUAUGUAUUUUUAUCUCUCAUGUGAAAAAGGGAGGUAAGAAAGACCAUGUUAAAAUUUGCCGGGUUCGCAGCGAAAAGAAGCUGAAGAAGCGAGUGCCCUUUUGGCUGACGGUGGUUAUCGUCUCUGUUUUUGGCGCGGUGAUGGCCUUGCCCCUGAUGCAACUUUGACAGUAAAAAGUCGAAUAAAGUGUGACAGUGGUGCCGUAAUUUUGUAUAGCUUUCUGUUGGUUUGUGCAACUCAAUUCUUCAUCCGUGGACUACCACCUUGGAGACAUGGUGAUGAACUCUUGUGAUGGUAAAACUGUAGAACCGUAUUCUCACUCCCUUGA